AUGUCUCCGGUAACGAUACUGACGCACUCGGCGCUGAAGCUCUUCGGGCACGAGAUUGCCGCCAUUCUGGUCGGCGACAUCUGCGGCCUCUGGAUCGGGUUCGGCAUCGUGGCCACGGGCACGCUCAUUCGCGAGUUCAUAAACUACCUCGACGCGCUCUCAAUACUCCACUUGCUUACUCACUCCGCCUUCAACCUGCUGCCCUUUGUGCAUCGACCGUGUUCCCCGGUAGGCCCACGAGUCCAGGACGUCGACGAGCUCAUUGAUACGGUCUCAAGAGAGGAAGGCACGAGAUGGGAGAUGGAAGAUGUGCGCUCGCGCGCGGCGAGCCUGACGGACUCGGACAUCGACAUUGAGUAG